GACUACCUCCCCUUGUGAAGAGUGGUGGUGUGGUCCACGGGGAACUCAUCAUCACUUUAAAACGCACCAGAGACUUGGCACAAAAGAAGCAUUCGCAGGCGAGCACAGGCGCAAAGGGACUGUCUCUUAUUACACCGAAAGAAAACACGUUUUGCACUUUGUUGUCUAAGAAGACUCACUAAAAGUCAGAAAAACGUGGACUUUAAGUUGAAGAAACUUAAAUCUGGCUGCACAUGAUGCGACGCUGUUUGACAGGAGCAGCAAUCCGGUGAUGUGGAUGGUCCUUAUGCACUGAGGCUGUGGCAAAAUUUGAUGUUUGCCUGUAGACCUGGACUUUAAAAAGCGUAUUGUAUUUUGUUUGUAACAGUCACAUGACGCAAACUGUUGCUUGGAGUCCAGGUUUUGGGGUGAGACUGUGUGCCUGCCAAGUGGAGUCGCGCGUCUAUUUGCUGAUAACCCGCAAGGAAACAUGAACGUCUCCUUCUUCGACGUGACCCAGGGCGCGCUAUUUAACGGAAGUCAGACCCUCGCUGGGACUCUGGCGACAUACUCCGGCAAUGGCACCGACAACGUGGUGACCGGCGACGGCGGAGGGUCCCUGGUGCUGGUGCAAGACGAGCGCAAACUCUUCGUCAUGCGUGUGGUGCAAAUCGCGGUGCUGUGCGUGUUGUCGCUCACCGUCGUGUUCGGUAUAUUUUUCCUCGGUUGCAACCUGAUGAUCAAAUCGGAGAGCAUGAUUAACUUCCUGGUGAAGGACCGGAGACCCUCCAAAGACGUGGAGACGGUCAUGAUCGGGCUCAGCUAGAACAUGGAGAGCAGGUGCUCAACAGAACUGGAGCGGAGAUCCGGUAUGAGGAUCUGAUGCGCGUUUCCUACAGCAGGUCAAAAUCUGCAUCUGCAUGCACUUCUCAAAGACGCUCUGUCUAUGUCCUAGUGAGGAAAGAUAUGCAAAAACUUCACAUUUCCUUCCGAAAAACGACUACAGGAAAGUAGUCCAGCGACCAAUGUUUGUGCGUAAAGUUUAUGCGUAAAACUCGGGCAAUUGUUUACACGUGGGCCGAUCUGUUGAAUCUUUUGAGUGAAUUUAAUGUUGCCAAAUUGAACAAAGUGACGAAAAUGUUUACAAGCUGUUACCUCAUUUUUUGUUUUGUUGUUGUUGUUUUUGUAAAUUUGAAAUUAUUGUUAGUGAAUGUUUUUAAAACUGUCAAAAAGCAUGAUUGUGAAUUCUUAUAGUUCCACAUCUGCCAGUGUACUAUGUGGACUUGGUGGGUAUGUGCGUAUUCUCUAUAGAAAGUAUUUUUCUUGGUCUCGUUUGCUAAAAAUACACUCUAAAUACUGAAAUUUUGCACGUUUUUCAAUGAUCUCCGUCACAGCUUUAUGGAGUGAUUCUGGUCCUGUUUGGCAUGCUCGCUAAUUGAUCUGUAAAGUGAUUUUUGGACCCGUUUUGCACUUUUGAAAUCACUGAUGCUGCAUGAAUUAUUUUGUACCAAAAAACUUGAAAUUGCAGCAUGCAAUUAAAACAUUGAAAUGGC